AUGCGUGACGCGUCAGACAGCGGGAGGAUCCUGAAUGUGACAUGCCGGGCGAGGCAGAGUGUGAUGCCCCCUAUCGAGGCUGGUCUAUACUCGAUCGGCAUCGACGUCCCCUUUGCGACGAGGAUAUCCAUUGCGCCAACUUCAGCCCUGGCAAUUCUUUCAUUCUCCAGGGUCUCGUUCAUGCGAUGCCAAGCCAGCCUCCAUCUCCCUGCUGAGUCAGCGCGAUCACCUGACCGCAUACCGAAACUCCAAAGUGGCCUUUUGCGUCGCAGGCGCAACUUCAAUCGGCCGCAUGAUUCGGGUGAUAUUUCGCACAUUGCGGGAGAGAAUCACGGCCUUGUCUGGGCCGUCGGCAUGGCUGAUCAUAGUCCUACCCGGGCAAAAGGUUUUGCCUGUCCCCGAAGCGGCGAUGAUCCUCCCAAGCUCCCUGAUUCGCGCGGUCCGCGGCGAGAACUUUCUCCCUUCUUCUUUGUCUUGCCUCUAUUCAUUGAUCCUCCCUCCUCCAACAUCGUGACCCUCCCACGGUCUGAUGUCGCGAUCGCCAGCCGCGUGUCUUUGCCGAUAAUACCUGCUCGCGCUGGUGGUCGUGGUGGUUCCCUCCCAAGCGGGCACGCUGUCGCGAUGGAUUUGCGCACGAUCAUGAACGACGCCGGCGGUGCCUCCAACGCUCCGCCGGCCACUCAAGCGUCCAGCUCACCAACUGAUCCGUCCCAUCCACAGCGCGCACAGCAGCAGUACUCAGAGUAUUCGGGGCAUCCCUCGCAGCCCUCGUUGCAACACACGCACGCCUCGCCGGAUCGAUCCUCGUCCUUUGGCCCAGCCCAGUCGCCCUACCAGCAGUUCAACGCACCCCCGCCGCUGAACACAGCAUUGCAAUCGCAGCAAAGCCAAAGCCCCACGCUCGUCUCGACCCCGGACGGCCACAGUGCGCGCGAUCCAUACGGCGCGUCGGCCUACAAUUCGCAUCCCCAAGCCCCAGCGGGCCCCCUGGCCUCCCCGUAUACGCCGCAGCAUCCCAUGACUGCAGGGCCUCAACAUCCCGAACAGCAAUCCUACUUUGCGCAGCAACGGUCACACUCACUCCAAUCGAUGAUGACGACCCCGCGUGCUCCGGGUGAAAUCUUUCGUCCCCGAGACAGCCCUCCGUCCGCCUCACAACCGCUCCCGCCCCAUCAGUUCUCUCCAUCCGCGCGUCGCUCAGUCCCAGGAACACCCUUGGGCCCCCCUCCUGCUUUUUCCUCUCGCCAGUCGCCCUCCUCUGCGCGUCCAGAGUCCUCCGGCCGCGAUUCCCCGCGCAAUACUCUGUCCAGCCCACACGGCAUACAUGAAGCCCAAGGACGGGAUAUGAGGCAGAGAAAAUCUCCAUCCACUUCGCGACAGCUGUCCCCCUCCUCCCGUCCCUACGAGUCGACGCCUCAACUGCAUUCCGCGCACGUGAAACAAGAGCCUUCCGAGAAUUCGAGUCCAAAGGUGGUCUCCCGGCAGAACAGCACGGCAGCUACCUCUGAUACCGCCGGCGCAGCCCCUUUCGCUCAUCCGAAGACAGAAGGUGGAACGAGAGUCCCACAGCACCAUUUUCAUCGGGGCCAGGCUCCAAGAAGCGGUUCACACCCCCUGAAAAUGGAAAUCGAUCAUGAAGCAAUGGGUCAUGCCGAGAAUCAGCCACCUAGGUCAAAGAGGAGACGCUACAACGAGCCCCCGAUCUAUGCCCAACGAUCCGUUCGCACCAAGGGCAGAUGUCCUGUGAUCCCCAAUCCUCAGCCCCCGAUUCCAAGGCAUGCCAGAGGCGCAAAUCAGGACUCUUGGGCCUCUCGCAGGCAGUCGUUGGCAUCAGCUGCUGGCUCAACGACCACUACACGCACUGCUCGGACACCUGGGGCCGUGGUGCUCCCACCGAGCGCAAAUGGCCCUCGCGCUCCUCGCACACCGCAGGAGGGCUCUCUGGGUCCGUGGGAACCAUCCAUUACCGGCUUCAUUCCAUAUGAAGAAAUCACAAAGCAGCUCUGUGACUUCUUAUUCCAGCAUGUGGUGAUAAGGAACGAUGUGGCUGCUGGACCAGCUGGAUCGGCUGCAGCAGGACAGGGUGCUAUCAUUGAAAUUGAAGCAAAGUUGGGCCAUGUCAUUGAUAUGGAUCGGAGAGAGAGGCUGCAACUGCCUAUUCUCACCGAAAGCGUCAUUAACCGCGAGUCGCGAGUGCGCACGUCGUUCGAAAGCACCAUGACUGUUGACCAAACUGACCAUGAAACUUUCCAGGAGCAACACCGUGCCAUGAACAACUUCCUCAAUGAGCAAGUCAAGGCGUCCAUGUCAAACGAGUCACCUCGCAUCCCCAUCUCCUACGCCCACAAAAAAGAGCGCGAUACAUUCUACGAAGUCUCGCCCCAGGACCUCCCCCCCCCCCGCACAAACGUCGACUGGCGCGUUUCUGUCAACCUAGAAAUGGAGUACGACGGCGAUGUCAGCACCCUGCCCAUGGUCGACGUAGCCAAGGGUGGCCGCGGCGAGCGCAUCAAAGAUCGCAUGAGCUACCGACAUUUGGCCUACCAAAUCGACCUAACGCAGGUGGCCAGAGCGGAGGCUUCGGCAAAGAACGAAUUCGAGCACGAGCUCGAAGUCGAGAUCUCUGCUGCCGAAAUCCAGCGCCAGGGUAAUCUUGCCAUGGCUGGAGACCCGCAGAACCAGUACGAAGAGUUGGUGAAGGGCUUUGUGGAUAACAUUCGUGUGCUGGCACGGGCUGUGCCGCCUUGA